UCUUUAUGAGUCUUUCACUCAAACAUUGUAGAAAAAGAAAAAGGAAAUUAAAAAUAGACAAAACAAAACAAGGAAACGGUAGCAUCAGCAUGCAUGAAUUUUGCUGCUACAAUGUACCAUCUAAUGUAUAUAGUGCAUGUUUUUCAUUCAUGAUUCUGUCUUGUUGAAGUUAACACAGAGUGGCAUUUCUUGUCCACAUUCAUAAAAGGUACUUAUCUUAUAUCAUCACAAUGGUUAAUGGUAAAUGGAAUUGUUGUACAUCAUUAAGAAGAGAUUCAAUAGCAUCUUCUUCAAUGAAGCUCUUUUUGGUCAUAUUUCCUCUCAUCUUAGUUGUGGUUUUUGGAAUUGUUUCUAUAAUGAAUCCAAAAGAGAGAGAAGAGAUUAUCGAUUUGAGAUCUGAAGCGGUGCUGGAAGAUGUGAAUGGAAUUCAUAAUGCAAAUUUCAAUCAUUCUUUAGCUUCAACACCAUUUCCAGUUCAACUCAUGCAAACACCACCUCAACAAUCUGUAACUAAUGAAAAAGAAGUUCUCAAACCUUGGAUCAACAGUACUGAUCCAUUGAAUGAAACAUAUGUACCUCAUACAAGAAUGAAGCAACAAAAAAAGUUCAGCAUUUUAGACAGAACAGAAGCUGGUCUAUCACAAGCUAGAGCUGCUAUUAGAGAAGCCAACAAUAUGAAUCAAACACAAGAUCCAGACUAUGUUCCAAUAGGUCCAAUGUAUUGGAAUGCUAAGGCAUUUCACAGGAGCUACUUAGAAAUGGAAAAACUGUUCAAAGUAUUCGUCUACGAAGAAGGGGAGCCUCCAGUUUUUCACAACGGACCUUGCAAAAGCAUAUACUCCAUGGAAGGGAACUUUAUCCAUGCUAUUGAAAUGAAUGACAAAUUUAGAACAAAAGAUCCUCAAAAAGCACAUGUAUUUUUCCUUCCAUUCAGUGUGGUAAUGUUGGUCCGAUUCGUUUAUUUAAGGGAGUCGCGUGAUUUUGGUCCUAUAAGGAAAACAGUCACAGAUUAUAUCAAUGUCAUUUCUGAAAAAUAUCCGUAUUGGAAUCGAAGCCUUGGAGCUGAUCAUUUCAUGCUAGCUUGCCAUGACUGGGGGCCAGAGACUUCAUUCUCCGUACCAUACCUACACAAGAACUCAAUUCGUGUACUAUGCAAUGCUAACACCUCAGAAAGAUUCAACCCUGCAAAAGAUGUUUCAUUCCCUGAAAUCAAUCUCCAAACAGGUUCAAUAAAUGGUUUUCUAGGUGGACCAUCAGCAUCUCAACGACCAAUUUUAGCUUUCUUUGCGGGAGGACUUCAUGGAUAUAUACGAUCCAUUCUUCUCGACCAUUGGGAAAACAAGGAUCAAGAUAUCAUGGUUCAACAGUAUCUUCCAAAGGGUGUUUCUUACUAUGAAAUGUUAAGGAAGAGUAAGUACUGUCUAUGUCCAAGUGGUUAUGAGGUGGCUAGUCCAAGGGUAGUUGAGGCAAUUUACACAGGUUGUGUUCCGGUGCUUAUUUCAGAUCAUUAUGUUCCUCCAUUUAGUGAUGUUUUGAAUUGGAAGGCUUUUUCAGUUGAGGUUUCAGUUGAAGAUAUUCCGAAGUUGAAGGAUAUUUUGAUGAGAAUUUCUCCAACGCAGUAUAUAAGAAUGCAGAGAAGAGUUGGACAAAUUAGGAGACAUUUUGAGGUACAUUCUCCACCAAAGAGAUAUGAUGUGUUUCAUAUGAUCCUUCAUUCUGUUUGGCUUAGAAGAUUGAAUUUUAGAGUCCAUGAUGAUGAAUAAAUAAGUUCUCCUAAGUGUUAAUUUGUGACUAUGUUUCAGAAUUUACUACUUCCAAUGGCAAUGUAAUUUGUGACUAUAAGUUCUUUCUAUUUCUGUUUUGUAUAUUAUGCAUGAAAAAUAGUAUGUUUAUGGACAUUUUGGAAUUAGUAUAAAUCAAAUAUGCAAAUUAUGUAA